CCAGCACACCAUCAUUAGGGUUUUCUAAUUUUUUUCAAAGGCAAGCAACUAGUAAUCUUUGAUGUCAGAACUUGAUGAAAAUUUAAAAAAACACUCACUCACUCAUUUUUCUGAGAUUGAGCAUUUGAGAAAGAAUUUGGGUAACCUUAAAUCCCCUAAAACUAAGAAGUCAGGGGAACCUUCUUCGUGUCAAACAAACAAUCCCAGGCUAUUAAAGGACAUUCUUAUUUUCCAGCCCAAUAUGAUAUGAGUAACUAUGAGCCAGUGAUAGAGUUCAAGGUCUGCUUAUGCAACACAUCUCCCCCUCGCACGCUGUUAACCAGCGCAGGACCAGGCCCAGGACCAGCUGGGCUGUGGGGAUCGCUCAGAGGAAAAGGGGCUAAGGAAUGUUCUUCUGAACGGAAGAUGCCGGGAGAAUGUUUGACCCGUCAGAGGAGUGGAACAUCUCUUUUGCUGGCUGUGGAUUCAGGAGUAUCUACUAUGUCGGUGCUCUGAGCUGUUUCCUUGAGCGGGUCCCACAGCUGGUGCAUGGGGCCUCUAAAUUUGGGGGAGCUUCCUCUGGUUGUCUCGUGGCAGCAGCCCUGGCUGUGGGUGUUCCUAUUGAACAGCUUUGCAUCAGUAUUUUGAACCUGGCGAAGGGGGCCAGGAAACACACUCUGGGAGUUUUUCACCCAACCUUCAGGAUGCUGCAGACUGUACGCCGCUCUCUGCUGGAAAUGCUCCCGGAGGACGCCCACCUCCGGGCCACGGGGAAGCUCUGUGUGUCCCUCACCAGACUGGCAGAUGGCGGGAAUGUGUUGGUGUCGACGUUUGACACCAGAGAGGAGCUCAUUCAGGUUCUCAUGUGCAGCUGCUUCUUUCCGGUCUACUGUGGCUUUAUACCGCCGUCAUACCAUGGAGUGCACUACGUGGACGGAGCUCUGAGCAACAACAUGCCUCUGUUUGAGCACAGAAACACCAUCACCAUGGCCCCGUUCUCGGGCGAGAGCGACAUCUGCCCCAAGGAGGGCACAUUCAACUUCUUUGAGGUCAGCUACGGCAACGUUAGCAUUCAGGUCAACACCGGCAACGUCCAUCGCGUGUGUUCGUCGUUCCUCCCUCCUACUCUAGAGAAGCUGGCGGAGAUCUGCCAGAACGGCUACAUGGAUGCCCUUCGUUUCAUAAAAGAAAGGGAUCUGCUCAGUGUGAAGUACAGCCCCCGGAGUGUAGCGCUUGGGGAAGGCUGGACCAAACCUCCUCGUUUCGAGCACGGGAAAGAACUGGCUAACGCAGAGAAGGCAAGGCUGAGGGCGAAGCUGCGGCGUAACGCAAGAAACCGUCGGCAAAAAGAUCAGAUAUCGCCGAACCGCACAGUCACCGGUAUCCUCCCCGCCAGCGUUGGGAAAGUGCUGUGUGAGGCGUGCCGGUACAACCCCGACACUGGCAGCUGCUGGUCUCCGCUCACUGACCUCCUCCCAACAAAACGCAUCAUUUACAUGCUGACCCUUCCCCUCCUGCUGAGCAUCCUGCUUGGCCAAAGGCUGUGGAACGAACAAACUAUCGAUGCAUGUAGCAGGUCUCUUCAGACACACAUGGACCAUUAGGUGUCGUAACCCCAGUGGAAAUAGGUCCCGUGACUUGGACCUUGCUGACAUCACAGAUGGAGACACAGACGCUGAACCCAGACUACAUUAAGUCCAAUAGUUAAUGUGGUCCCUUGCCUUUUGUGUCCCAGGAAAACGGCAAAGUGAUGCCAGACACAGGUGUAGAAACACACAAUUAUAUAUAUAAAAAAAAAAUCCAAUGUUUGUAUUUUACUUUGUAAUAUCAAGCUCCCUCAUUUAAUAAAAGAGGGAAUAUUUUCUGCAACCCUUUUCCUGUGUAUUUAGGAUUCUCUAUAAAAUGCAAAGCAAAAAAAAAAACUGGAAAAU